AGCCAGGUAUCCUGGCGACACUGGCACACACAGCUUGGGACACUGCAUGCCAGGGCAUUCACUCAGUCUAAUACCAGCAACGGAGACUGGACUUGGGGAGGCAGAGAAAGCACAGCAGGUGGCACAGAGGCAUUUCUUCCAUCAGGGACCACACUGAAGACAGAAGAUGCCAAUCAGUGGGAUGCCCCUUUGGUGUGUGAGUGUCAGCAGACCCCACUCCUAGCCCUCAGCCAAUGUAAAGCACAAGCUGGCAGCAGACUAGUAAUUCCAAACUGUGUGUGAUGAGAGCAGAGGGUGGGGAGUGGGGCAGAGCCUGUGUCCUGGCACUGGGGGGAUCCUGAGCACAGGAGGAGCAGCAGCAGGGCAGUGCCCCCUGCACCCCUCACCCUGCAGGGCUGGGACUGUUAUGUGGGUGUUGCCAGCGGCUUUAUUUGGAAGGAAGUAGGGGAGAGUUUAGGUAGGAAAUGCUAAGGGAGGAGACUUGUCCUGUGUAAAGGCAGUGAGUGAGACCUGUGGGGAGUUGUUAGGAGGAGAGGGGGAGCCCCCAUGCUGCUGCUGAGCUCAUGCUGAAUAACCUGGGGGAGUGACCAGGGCAAGACUCACAAGUUGCACAACUGCUUGAAGGAUCCUCAUCAGAUCUCAAGACCUGGAGGAGGAGGAGGAGGUGGUGCUGCUGUCCUGGAGGUGUCAUGCAGCUGACCUGCCCUCUCUCUCAGUGAGGACAAGUGCCACCAGUCGGUGGAUGAUGACUUGGUCUUGAGGGACACAUGGCCUGACAGCAGCCCCAGGCUUCCCUGCACUGGUCCUCCACGUGGGACACUGUCUGGAGUGUGGACAUGGAGCUACAGGUCCUGUGUGGAGCUUUAUUCUGGGUCCUACUGCCCCUCUGCCUGCUGGCAGCCUGCCUGUUUCGUUACAACGUACUGUCCUUGAUCUACCUGCUGUUCCUGCUACUACUACCAUGGUUCUCUGGUCCGACGGCGCCCAGCAUGAGAGGUCAUACGGGCCGUCUCUUGAAAUCUCUCCUGGCCAUCAGCAUCAUCUUCCUGUGUUCACACUUCAUAUUCCAACUCUGCCUCCAUUUAGUACCGGGCCUGGAUGACCUGCUGGGACACAACUGCAGUGACUGGGAAGUUCUUGCUCGCCACGUUGGUGUCACCAGGUUAGAUAUCUAUGACAUCCCCAACACGGUCCGGAUGGUGUCCCCAGAUUUCGGCAUGUUCCUGGUGUCCGCUAUAUGCCUUGGCUUGUGCAAUCGCUUGGUCCGGCGUCAGAGCUCCCAAACGCCACGUGAGAGACUGAGCAGGUCGACCGAGCUGAUAGAGCAGGCGGAAGAGGAACACAAUGCAGAAGUGACUGGAGAUGAAGACACCGAGGAUGAAGAGGACAAUGAGGACAUUCGGACCUCUCCACAGGAGGAGCUGACCUCACGGAUCAGGGAGGCUGCCCACAAACUACUGGAAGCUUUGGAAAAAUCCUUGGCCCUUUUGCUGCUGGCUCUGGCAGGCAUCACUGUACCUUCUGGUUUUUCGGCUGUCUAUUACCUAGUCUUCUUGGGCCUGUGCACGUGGUGGGCAUGUCACUUCCCUAUCAGCCAUGUGGGGUUAAACACCCUCAGUGUCAUGGUUGGCUUUUUCACCGGUGGUCACGUGAUCUGUCUGUAUGGUUACCAGUCUCCAUUCAUUCAAAAUAUGUUCCCUCCAUCGGAGCUGUGGGCGAGACUUUUUGGUCUGAAAGACAUAAUUGUCCACUCCAAUUGCACGGGCAGCGUCGACGACCUCGUUCUUAACCAGAAUCAUGACUGGCCAGUAUAUGUCAAUCCAGGAAUAUUGCUUCUCCUGUACUAUUCACUAAUCUACCUACUGAAACUCAAGAACCCCAGCACAGAAAAGAAGGUGGAUGGAAGGGACUCCAAGAAGUCUGGACAGGAAGAUCUGGAAAUGGAGGAGACAAAGCCCAUGUUACCACGGACGAGCGAAUCUGCAGAGUCUGAUCCACAGGACUGCACAGUCCACGUCAUCCAGCCGGAGUCCAGACUGAACCCCGAUUCUGUACCAGAUGCCUCCAAAGAGCAGUCGCCUCUUCAUCUACUUGGCACAGUCAUCCUCAACCAGAGCUAUAUAUGUGCCUUGAUUGCCAUGAUGGUAUGGAGCAUCACUUAUCAUAGCUGGCUGACAUUCGUUCUGCUGCUUUGGGCUUGUCUCAUCUGGAUGGUGCGAAGUCGGCGGCAGUUUGCCAUGGUGUGUUCUCCCUUCAUCCUCCUCUACGCAGUCACGCUCUGCAGUUUGCAGUAUGUCUGGAGCAUGGACCUAGAGAAUGAGCUACCCAAGCAACUAGGCUUCAUGAGGCUUUCCCAGCUGGGGCUUGCCCGGGCCCCUUACCCCUGCCUCAACCUGGGAGCCAUGCUUCUCUACACUUUGACCUUCUGGCUCCUACUCCACCAGUUUGUCACUGAGCAACUCCUUAAACGAAAGAGGGUGACCGCUGCUCUUGUGAAGGUGACAGUGCCGGAAGCCGGUCAGUCCACGGAGAGGAACCUGCUGAAAUGUUUUGGGGAGCAGGUGAUGAGCUUCUAUGCCAAGUACUGGAUUUAUGUGUGCGGAGGGAUGUUCAUAGUGGUCAGCUUUGCUGGACGCCUUGUGGUUUAUAAAAUCGUCUAUAUGUUCCUCUUUCUUCUCUGCCUGAUCAUCUUCCAGGUGUACUACACACUGUGGAGGAAGCUGCUGAAUUUUUUUUGGUGGUUGGUUGUUGCUUACACAAUGCUUGUCCUCAUCGCCAUCUACACUUACCAGUUUGAAGAUUUUCCUGUGUAUUGGAGGAACCUGACUUCCCUCACAGAUCAGCAAUUGAGUGCAAUGGGGCUUGAGCAAUUCAGCGUGUCCGAACUGUUUACCAGUAUCCUUAUUCCUGGCUUCUUCCUCCUGGCCUGUAUUCUUCAACUCCACUACUUCCACAAGCCCUUCAUGUACAUCACAGAUACUGCUCGAGCUUCUUCUCUCUCGGCAAACACUCCUUACAAAACCAAUGAGCCAAAGGAAGAAGAAGAUGCCACAGCCUCUACAAGUGAAGGAGAAGAAGAGGAGGAGUGUCCAGAGGAUGACGCCAUGCCUGAAACCACCCUCAGCAAGUGGGAUUUGGUUGCUCAGCGCCUCAAAGUGCUUUUCUACAAGGUCUCGGAGCUUCUACACCAGGUGCAAGUCUUCCUGUGGCGACUGCUGGAGCUCCAUGUGAUGAAGCUGGUGGCUCUGUACAGUGUUUGGGUGGCCCUGCAAGAGGUGACCGUGAUGAAUUUUCUCUUUGUGAUCCUGUGGGCAUUCGCUGUCCCAUUUUCUCGCUUCCACCACAUGGCUUCCUGCCUCUGUACCAUUUGGACGUCCAUUAUCAUUGUCUGUAAGAUGCUGUAUCAGCUCACCAUCGUGAACCCCGAGGACUACUCUGUGAACUGCACGCAUCCACUCCCUAAUGGCACCAAUCUCCUGGAGGAAGAGAUCCUUAACUCGGCCUUGUACCGUGAGCCAGUUGAUCCUGCUAAUUGGUUUGGAAUACGCAAAGUUCAUCCUAAUUUGGGCUACAUCCAGAAUCAUUUACAGAUUCUUGUCCUGCUGACAUUUGAGGCCAUUGUGUACCGCCACCAAAGCUUUUACCGCAAACGUUACAAGCUGGAGGUACCACGUAAUCAGACAGUGUUUCCAGACGUAUGGCGAGAACAUCUUGAUCAGGGUUUACUCAACUGCAUCAAAUAUUUCAUCAACUAUUUCUUCUAUAAAUUUGGCCUGGAGAUCUGCUUCCUCUUGACCGUGAAUGUGAUUGGCCAGCGUAUGAACUUCAUGGUUAUCUUCCAUGGUUGUUGGUUGAUUGUAAUCUUGACCCGGCGGCAGAGAGUGAAGAUUGCGAAAGUGUGGCCAAAGUAUUGCUUGUUCCUAAUCUUCUUCCUCCUCUGGCAGUACCUGCUUUGCCUGGGUAUGCCGCCUGUGCUUUGCAUAGAAUAUCCCUGGAGAUGGGACAAAUUUGUUCCUGUUAACUCUGCUCUGAUUAAAUGGAUGUUUCUUCCGGACUUCUUCACUCCUCCCAAGUCUACCAACCUGAUCAGUGACUUUCUCCUGCUGCUGUGUGUGUCCCAGCAGUGGAAGGUAUUUGUGAAUGAGAAGAAGGAGGAGUGGUACGCCGUCGCCGGGGAGAAUACGGAACAGAUCAGAUUUCCUGCUGACAGGCCAAACUUGGUCCCAAACUUCAUCAACUGUCAGUCGUAUCUGGACAUGCUGAAGGUGGUGGUUUUCCGUUACCUGUUCUGGUUUGUCCUGGCGAUUGUGUUCAUCACAGGAUCCACAAGAAUCAGUGUUUUUGGACUUGGUUACUUGAUGUCCUGCUUUUACCUCCUCCUCUUUGGCACGGCCCUUCUUCAGAAGCCUCUGAAAGCCAGACUGGUGUUAUGGGACUGUUUGAUCAUCUAUAACAUUACAGUCAUCCUGUCCAAGAAUCUGUUGUCGCUCUUGUCUUGUGUGUUCGUCCAGCAAAUGCAGAACAACUUUUGCUGGGUGAUCCAGCUCUUCAGCCUGGUGUGCACCGUCAAGGGCUACUACAAUCCCAGGGAAGUGGACAAAGGUCACGACUGCCCGCUGCCUGUGGAAGAAGCCGGUAUCAUCUGGGAUAGCAUUUGCUUUUUCUUUCUCCUUCUGCAGAGAAGAGUCUUCCUCAGCUCCUACUUCUUACACGUGGUCUGUGACCUUCGCUCUUCCUCCCUGCAGGCCUCCAGGGGAUUUGAGCUCUUCAUGGCCAGAAUCAGAAAAAACAUGGAUUUCCGCCACGACACAGAGAGACGAUGUCUUGGUCAACUCAAAAAACAAAUGGAAAGAAUUCGAGCCAAACAAGAGCGUUAUCAUAAAGGAAGGAAGCAGAGUGAAACCGAGCAGGAAAAUGCAGGUGGAGAAGAUGGUGGUAAAAAGGGGCCAUCCAAAAAGAAGAUUCACUGGAGCCGCCCAUGGUUAGAUCAUGCAUCAGUUCUGCAUUCUGGAGAUUAUUAUUUGUUUGAGUCGGACAGUGAGGAAGACGAAGAGUCUACACUGGAGGAGCAGAGACCACCUAAGCAGAGCGCCUUCCAGUUGGCAUAUCAGGCCUGGGUCUCUAAUGCCAAAACUGCCCUAAAAGAACGAAAGAGACACCAGCGACAAAAAACUGAAACUGAGAAGAUGAGACACAAAGUGAACAAAGAAGCGUCGGCCGAGGAAACAGAGAACAUUAAGAGUGCAAAUAUAAGAAUUGAUGGAGAGUCUGUGGAUGAGAAACAAGAGGAGCCAUCAACUACUGAAGCUGGAGAGGAGGGGCUGUGGGAAGAUCACGGAGGAAAUAAUUUGGUGCAACGUAUAUUGGACAUCUUGAAGUUUCUCUGGGUCCUCUUUCUCGCCAUGUUGGAUGGUCUCGUAGACUGGCUGGGCACUCUUGCCAAGCAGUAUGUGGACAUGUCCACUGUGCUGUGGAUUGAGAGAUACAUUUUAACCCAAAAGAUGUCAAAGGGCGAGGAUGUGACUCGAAAAGAUCUCUCUGCUCUCCAUGAUACUGGGCAGGACAAGAAAGGUCUUGGUGCUUCGUCUCUGCCUGCUGGAACUACGUUUGAUAAGGGAGUUGAUUCACAGACUAGCAUGGGUUCAAGUGGCUGUGAGGAAGAGGAGGGCCUCAGCAGCAUGGCAGACUGUACAGACGUAAUCACGCCACUCAGCACAGGCUACAACACGCGCACUAACAGUAUGGAGCAGAUGUCUGUUACUGCCUGCUGGGAGGAGAGUCCAUCAGAUAAAGGUUCCCUGGAAAUCCAGCCAACAAAGCGCUCUCGUACUGCCAGCGAACUACUGCUCUGCAGGCCACUCACGUUCCCUGAACUCUCAAACUCACAGCACUUCUUCAAGUCACAGACCCGGCCGUUGAGGCUCCUGUUUGCCCUCUACCACUUGGUGGCAGCACACUCUGAAUUACUCUGCUACUUCAUCAUCAUCCUCAACAAUAUGGUCAGCGCAUCGCUCAUCUCUCUCUUCCUCCCCAUCCUGGUCUUCUUGUGGGCCAUGCUGUCCAUCCAUCGGCCAAGCAAGCGCUUUUGGAUGACCGCUAUUAUUUAUACAGAGAUAAUGGUGGUGAUUAAGUACCUCUUUCAGUUUGGUUUCUUCCCAUGGAAUAGUGAUACAGUACUUGUGCGCUAUGAUGGUAAACCGUUUUUCCCUCCUCGCAUCCUCGGGCUGGAGAAGAGUGACUCGUACAUCAAAUAUGAUCUGAUCCAACUUCUGACGCUUUUCUUCCAUCGAUCUCUGCUCAUGAGCUAUGGAUUAUGGGAUCGGAAGGAUUUGGAACCUGUAGAGAAAACCCAGAAAGAAAAGAGAGAGAGCAAGACUGAAAUCCAGUUAUCAGAACAUCCAGAUCCCACAGGAAGCACCAGCUCAUUAUUGCGUCGCCGUAAGAGAAGAGAGUCACAGAGCAGCGAAUUAGACAAAGAUGCAGCGAAGGAGAAGAAGGGAGAUUCAGAAAAGAAGAAAAAGAAGCCAGCAGCAGUGAGAAUGAAGAUGGUUGGGGUGAAGGUUGAGAAUUUCUUCAUCCGCAUGCUGCAGGGAGUGUACAAACCAGUGAAAGUUUUCUUCCAUGACAUCCUUCAUACAAAGUACAGAGCAGCCACUGAUGUCUAUGCGCUCAUGUUCCUCGCUGACGUGGUGGACUUUGUCAUCAUAGUCUUUGGGUACUGGGCAUUUGGGAAACAUUCAGCAGCUGCAGACAUAGCCUCGUCACUCUCCGAUGACCAGGUCCCUGAGGCCUUCCUGGUUAUGCUUCUCAUCCAGUUUUCCACCAUGGUGAUAGAUCGAGCUUUGUAUCUCCGGAAAACCGUGCUUGGGAAGCUGAUCUUCCAGGUGAUACUGGUCAUUGGUAUUCACGUCUGGAUGUUCUUCAUUCUACCAGCAGUUACUGAAAGGAUGUUCAGUCAGAACACGGUGGCACAAUUGUGGUAUUUUGUAAAAUGCAUCUACUUUGCCCUAUCUGCCUACCAAAUACGCUGUGGAUACCCAACCCGCAUUCUAGGCAACUUUCUGACCAAAAAGUACAACCAUGUAAACCUCUUUCUGUUCCAGGGGUUUCCGCCUGUCCCUUUCUUGGUGGAGCUGCGGGCGGUCAUGGACUGGGUUGACUGACCCACCCUCUCUUUGUCCAACUGGAUGUGUGUGGAGGACAUUUAUGCCAAUAUCUUUAUUAUAAAAUGCAGUCGUGAAACUGAAAAGAAAUACCCACAACCUAAAGGACAGAAGAAAAAGAAGAUGGUCAAGUACGGCAUGGGCGGUCUGAUCAUAGUUUUCCUCAUCUGCAUCAUUUGGUUCCCCUUGCUCUUUAUGUCUUUGGUGCGCUCUGUUGUGGGAGUCGUCAACCAUCCGAUUGACGUGACUGUGACCUUCAAGCUGGGAGGAUAUGAGCCACUGUUCACCAUGAGUGCUCAGCAACAAUCCAUCCAGCCCUUCACUCCGCAGGAAUAUGAGAAGAUCACCAGUGAGUUUGAUCGGCAGCCGACGGCCAUGCAGUUCAUUACUCUGUACAGCUAUGAGGACAUAGUGACUGCACAGAUCGAGGGGAGCUCCGGUUCUGUCUGGGGGAUCAGUCCUCCGAGCAGAGAGCAGAUGAAGAGGGAACUCAAGAAUGGAUCCUCAGCUAUUACACUUAGAUUUACUUGGGACUUCCAGAGGGACUUGGGAAAAGGGGGCACUGUAGAGCACACAUCCGAAAAACACACUAAGGACCUGGAGACAGGAAGUGAGGUGCGGAUGCAGCUGGCAGACCUCUUAGAAGGCACACGCGUUACCCCAGUCUUUGUCUCACACUUGUUUCCAAAGUACAUCCGAGCCCCCAAUGGACCGGAGGCAAAUCCUGUGAAGCAGCUGCAGCCAGAUGAGGAGGAUAGUUACCUCAAUGUUAUGGUGCACUUGAAUCGUCAACGUAUAAGUGAUGGCAACUCCAGCAGCAGCUUCGUGGAGUGGUGGGUGAUCAGCCUGGAAGACUGCAAGAAGGACUGCAACAUCCUCCCAAUGGUUAUAUUUAAUGACAAAGUCAGCCCCCCGAGCCUGGGCUUCCUGGCUGGAUACGGGAUUAUGGGUCUGUACGUUUCAAUCGUCCUGGUCAUCGGCAAGUUUGUGCGCGGUUUCUUCAGCGAGAUCUCCCAUUCUAUUAUGUUUGAGGAGCUUCCUUGUGUUGACAAGAUUCUUAAGCUCUGUCAGGACAUCUACGUGGUGCGGGAACGUGGCGAGCUGGAGCUGGAAGAGGAGCUGUAUGCCAAGCUGAUCUUCUUAUACCGAUCACCGGAAACCAUGAUCAAGUGGACGGUAGAGAAGGACUAAGUACGGUGACACUAAGCUGCAAGGUGUAUGCUGGAUGUACGUGAAAGAAGAGGAACGUGACAUGAAGUAGGAGCGUGACCUGCUCUCCAGAAGGAAAAUUAUUUAUGUGCCUGAGCAGAGGAGGUCGAUACUACCAGUCCAGUGCAAAGAAGGCAACGGGUGAAGCCUUGGUCAACAUUUCUUCCUAAACCCAGGACCUCAGCCACUAAUAUAAUUCUCCUGCUGCCAACCACAAGAUGGUCGGAUACCCCAAGUCUGAGGUGCUGCCAAAUGAGAGCCCUCUGACCAGCCCUGGUCUUCAUCACUUGGCCUAUAUUGCGGCUUAAUAUUUGGAGAUCCUGCGUCAUCCAGAGAGGAUUUUGCUGGGGUGAAGUUUUUCUUAAGACUUAACAUUUUGAACUUUUGACCAAAGUUCUGGAAUGACUUGUGAUAAAAAAGAGCUAUUUAUAUACUGUAGAACUUUAUUUUAUUCACUGUGGGAAAUGCCUCGGA